AUGUGCUCUUUCCAAUUAUAUGAAAAGCUUUUGAUGUCGGACAUGGAGAAAAAGCUAAGCUCGCCAACACGUACAAGACAAAGUGUUGAGCAUGGAGAAAUUGACUAUCUUCGUUUCCAUGGACUCUCGCAACAACAAACGCACAUUAGAAACUUGGACUCUUUGGCUUUAAAUGCUAAUGACAAAGAUAAGUCGAGGUUAUUAAAAGAAGCACAGGCUAACUUGGAGUUUGUUGCUGACACGGGUUAUGCUCCUGAGUUAAGAAGGGAUUUCAGUUUUAUUUCGCUAUUGGGUCUUGGCUUUGGUAUAACAAACUCGUGGUUUGGAAUCAGUGGAUCUUUGAUCGCUGGUAUCAGCUCGGGUGGGCCCAUGAUGAUCAUAUAUGGUAUUAUUAUAGUUGCAUCAGUUUCCAUGUGUAUUGCCAUUACAUUGAGUGAAAUGGCCUCGGCUUACCCAAAUGCCUCAGGACAGAUCUAUUGGACUAUGAAGUUGGCACCUGCCAAAUACUCAAAGUUGAUGUCAUACAUCACUGGAAUGUUGUCCUGGUUGGGUUCAAUUUUUACCUCGGCCAGUGUGACCAUGACAAUUGCAACUGCGGUCGUUGGAAUGUACAUGCUCCAUCACCCAAACGACACCGUUGAGCGCUGGCAGGUGUUUAUUGUUUAUGAGAUUGUUAAUGUGUUGUUGGUUUUCUUCAAUAUUUGGGAGAAGCCAUUGCCAAUGCUUUCAUCAGGUACGUUGUACGUAUCUUUGUUUUCAUUUGCUGUCAUUAUUAUUGUCGUUUUGUCAAUGCACGAAGGCGACUUUCAAAGUUCUCGAUUUGUGUUUGUUGAAUUUGAAAACGGCACUGGGUGGAGCUCAAGUGGAAUUGCCUUUAUUGUCGGCUUGAUCAAUCCAAAUUGGAGUUUUUCGUGUUUGGAUGCAGCCACACAUAUUGCCGAGGAAUCAUUAAACCCCGGUGUGCAAAUUCCGCAGGCUAUUAUUAGUACAGUUAUUGUUGGUUUUAUUACCUCUUUUUCCUAUUGCAUUGCCAUGUUCUUUAGCAUCAAGGACCUCAGCUCGAUAUUAAGCUCCAACACCGGUGUUCCAAUUAUGGAUAUUUUCUACCAAGCAACCAACUCCAAAGCUGCAGCAGUUGGAUUGGAGGUGUUGAUAUUGCUCACUGCUAUUGGAUGCAACAUUGGAUGUCAUACAUGGCAGGCAAGAAUUGGAUGGAGUUUUGCUAGAGAUAAUGGCUUGCCAUUUUCCAAAUACUGGUCGAAAAUCAAUUCCAAGACUGGUACUCCAGUUAAUGCACAUGUGAUGUCAUGUUUCUGGGUCGCUAUAAUUGGCUGUAUUUAUUUGGGCUCGUCCACUGCAUUCAACUCCAUCUUGGUCUCCUGCGUUACAUUUUUGUUAUUAUCCUAUUUUGUUCCAACAAUCUUUUUCAUUUUUAAAAGAAAUCAGAUCAAGCGCGGACCAUUCUUUUUGCUGAAUGGAGUUGGGUUGGUAUGCAAUAUUGUCUUGUGUUGCUGGGCUACAUUUGCCUUUAUCUUUUACAACUUUCCAUCGGUGAUGCCUGUUAGCGGUGGCAAUAUGAAUUACUCAUCUGCCGUUUUUGGAGUCGCAUUAAUCAUUUGCUUUUUUGACUGGAUAUUACGAGGCAGGCGCGAGUACAUUGGAUUACAAGAGAGAGAAGGUCAAAAGGAAGAAUUAACCGAAGUGCUAUCCAACCAAUUGUCCAACAUUGAAAUGUCAAUGUCUCAUAAAUAG